AUGAAGUUUAUAUCACCAGAAUCAAUUGCUUUUGAUCGAAUUCCAAUUGUGUCAUGGGAAUCAUUUAUACCUAAAUAUAUUCAUAACAAGCCUAGUCAACAAGGUCUAGAUUCUUCUUCAACAAGUAUAACUUCUCAAUGUAUGUCUAUACCAUUUUUUUAUGAUCCAUUUCAAGCGACAGCAUCUAAUCUUGCUUUCUAUAUCAAUCCCCAACGGCGUCCUGAUAUUAUUUUUAAUCAUUGUCUAUCAUGCAUAGAUGAUAAACAAAAGACAAUUUCUUAA